GUAGUGUUUAAAUACAAUGGUCAACAUGUAAAGGGCCAUUAACAGUUUAUUGUUUGACUUAAAUUUCGUGCUAAAUAUAAAAUUAUCAGAUUAUACAAGCUUACCCGGGAGAAUAUAACAGUAAAAACUGAUUAAUCAGGCGGUGAUAUAGAGGAAUAUUUGAUUACAUUGUAUCCAUGUAAAUGGAAUGUGGUAUCAAGUCAACAGACAGUCUUUACUGUAGAGAAGUGGCAGUGAAUCACAAAGAUGCGUUACUUGGCGUUCGCUAGCGCUGGAAUUAUCUUCACCUUCUUGUUCUGUUUAAUGUAUGAAAAUAGUGGAAUAAUAUAUUACGAGCAAGAUAACAGUUACACUGAUAUUAGAAGCCAACAUAACGAGAGUUUGUUUGUCUAUAGUACACCAGAGGAUAUGUUUGUAUCUUAUAUGUACAACUCCACUACUGAUAUCCCCUCUCAAGAUGAAGAGCUGACAAAUUUUUUACAAAAACUGCAAAAACAGAUUAAAACUAUGGCGGCGAACAGUUCACGCGACGUCAUGGCAACUAUAAAUUACAAAAUGACGUCAUCAAGUAAUCAUUUAAAGCCAGGGUAUUCGACGGAGCAAAAAGAAAGAAUUAAUAGAAUUAAAACAGUUUGUAAAGACACAGAUUUAUUUCGGGACCUUAUAUACAAAGGUAAAAAUAACACAAGGUACUACUACUCUAAAACUUACGGAUUUUCAUAUUGUAAGGUUCCCAAAUCAGGAUCGACUUUCUGGACGCAGGCAUUUUACAUUCUUGAAAAUGGAGUGGCGAAUUCAGAGACUGUGUUUUCUAAAGCAAGGUCACGUGUCCAUGGUUUAAUGGGGAAGUUUAGUGUAAAUUUUAAUAGCCAGCAAAGAAAACACUCUUUGUCUGUCAUUGUGUCACGUGACCCGUUUAGUCGUCUGUAUUCAGCGUUCAUUGAUAAGUCAUUCUUGUUUCUAAAUAUAAACCUAAAUCGUGAAAUCAUGCAGCUCAGGUCGCCAUGGAAGCGAAGUUAUUGUCUUGAUGACGUCACAUUUCAAGAAUUUUUGGAUUUUAUCAUUCUUAAAGUGGGAAUGGGACAGACAUUAAAUCGCCACUGGGCACCGAUUUAUAAUCUAUGUCGUCCGUGUGAUGUAAACGCUUAUAUACUUGUAAAACAAGAAAGCUUUUCAAAAGACGUAGAGCAGGCAUUGAAAGCGUUCAGUGUACCUGAUGAAAAGCUUGACACGAUUUUAUCAGCGUUACAUGAACACAGAAUUGAAACAACUAUUCCAGGAAUUGUUCAAACAGUGAUGAAUAGAAACAAGAUAACGAAAAAAGGAAGCUGCGUAUAUGGCCAAAAAUUAAUACAAAGAAUAUGGACCGCUUUUAAAAUACAAGGGUACUUGAAAGAAACAAUAGAAUUUCCGAGCAAAUUGUUUAAUAAUAAAUUACAAUAUGACGACACAUCAUACGUCACAGAGGUUAUACUUGCUUCUAUAAAUAGAAAUAAAAUGACGUCAUCGGAAAUGAAACGACAACGUCAUAGAGCGUUAGUAGACGCGUAUAGUGAAAUUAGAUAUGAAACAUUGGAACAAAUUAUAGAAAUAUACAAAUUGGAUUUUAAGAUUUUUAAUUAUUCUACAAUUAUUCCACAUGAUUAAUGCAUGCUCAAUUUAAUUUCUAAUUAUGUUUGAAUUACAGAUUUAACAUUAUUAUGCCCCUCUAGUCAGCCAGUUCUUCUACGUAGAACUACAUGUAAAAAAAACACUUUUGGAAAAGACCAAGUAUACCUGACUUUGUUUGCAUUGAUGAAUUCAGAAAAUGAAAUAGAAAUCAGAAACUUAUCAAUGGAUAUAUUUAAAGCUUUCGAUGUUCGAAACACUUUUCUUUACAGUUAAGGUAUUAGGAUCCUAAUGGGCACUAUCAGGAACUAAAGAAUUGACAUCAUAGGUCAGAUGUAUACCUUAAAGUACACUUGUAUGCAAAAUUUAAACAAAGUUUACCGUACGGAAAUCAAGUUAUGGCCACUUUUCUGAACUCAAGCUAGGAUGUUAUGAGGGCCCUGUUUUUAGAAAUGAGGAACCUGUAAAAAAUCAGCAAUAACAUUCUAAUGAAAAAUGUUUUCCCAUGAAUUUUUGGUAAGAAACAAAUAGUACCAUUCAGCUAACAAUCCACAUAAGCAAAAUUAUGGUUUCUACUUAAAAUUUAUGAAAUCUGUAUAAAAAAGUUACCCUACCCCACCCAUUUUUACCACAUGUCUUACCAUUUUCUACUUAGGGAGCAUAAUUAAAAAAAUUCUUAAAAUUUAC